GAGCAUUCUCUGAUUUUGUUGUCUAGAGCGAGCGGCGAUUUGCGAACUGGUCUCCUUCUGAUUCUCUGUGUCUCCGGAAGGUAUCAAAGAUGGCUGAGCGACUGUUACAAUCUUUUAAAAGGGUGGCUGGCUUAUGUCAUCCGGAUUGCGUCAAAGCAAACAAUGAGAUAGAAGAUUACGAUGCGUCUCAGUCUGCAGCUUUGGUAGCCGUGAAUCUGAUUAGCUCAGCACGGCUUGUGCUCAAGCUCGACACUGAGUUUACUGAGUACUCAGCUCAGUUUUUGAUGGAUAACGCUGGAAAAGAAGAAGUGCCAGGAGAAAUGGAUCAGGAACGCUGUCAGGUCACUACCGAAAACUGCCUUCGGUACUUGGCUGAAAAUGUUUGGACCAAGAAGGAACAUGGGCAGGGAGAAAUGGAUCGGCAAGGCUGUCAGCUCACUGUUAAGGACUGCCUCGAACUUGCUUUUAAAAAAGGGCUACCGAGAAGAGAACAUUGGGCUCAUUUGGGAUGUACGUUCAAGGCUCCCCCAUAUGCGUGUCAGAUCCCUCGCGUUCCCAUGAAAGGAGAAGUGAUUGAGGCUAAGACUUAUGAUGAAGGAUUCAAGCUGUUGGAGCAUCAACCAGUGGCAGCUAAACUGCAUUUGUUCAGUCCGCAGAUUGUUCUUGUUGGAGAGGGAAUUUACGAUGGCCCCGCGUCAGGUGGACGUAUAACACGUUAUGUUGGACUUAGGGAUGUGCUUAUAGCUUCAGUGGAGGAGUUCGAGGGAGAUACUGUUGCGGUCGUGAAGAUAUGCUACAAGAAGAAGACUUCAUUUAUCAAAGUAUCGUUGACUCGCAUGUUCCUCUCAAUACCAAAAAAUGGUGACGACUCUCAGGCCAUAGAGCCAACGGGUCUGCUUAUCUAUCAACUAAACAAGAGUGCUUAGAUCUUGGUAAGUAUCUGGAGCACUAUAUGCUCUAGUUCUGGAACAUGUUUGUGGUCCUAUAUUAAGGAUGUUUUGUGAGACUUAUGUUCUGUUUAAGAAGUUGAGUAUCCUGAAAACCUUAUGUUUGUUGUGGAACCAUGUUUGUGGUCUUAAAUUAAAGAUUGGUUUAUGAGACUUUUA